CGCUGAGCGCCCCCAGCCCCGCGGGGAGCCCCCCGCCCCCGCGGCAGCAUGAGCCUGGGCGCGGGGGCCCAGCCGGGGCUCGCUCAGCAGCGCGGAGCCGGCGGACGCGCCGCGGGGCCGUGACGGGCAGUGCCCCGAGGGGAGCGCGGGCAGGACCCCCUUCCCCGGUCAUUUCUCCGUCUGGACCCCGCCCCGGAGAGAUAUGCUCAGCCCAAACCGCCUGGAAGCGUCUCCUGGGAUUGCCGUGGCCCCCGGGCGUGCGGAGUGCGGAGCCUUCCCUCGGACGGCGGGCGCGGCCCCCCGGCUUUGCCUUCCCCUCGUCCUUCUCCUGCUUGCCUUGACGCCCCGCGCCGACUCCUCGUGGUGGUACAUCGGGGCACUGGGCGCCAGGGUGAUCUGUGAUAACAUCCCUGGGCUAGUGAACAAGCAGCGACAGCUCUGCCAGAGGUACCCUGACAUCAUGCAGUCAGUUGGGGAGGGAGCCAAGGAGUGGAUCCGGGAGUGCCAGCACCAAUUCCGGCACCACCGCUGGAACUGCAGCACCCUGGACCGUGACCACACUGUCUUCGGCCGGGUCAUGCUGCGAAGCAGCAGGGAGGCUGCUUUCGUCUACGCCAUCUCCUCGGCCGGGGUGGUCUAUGCCAUCACGCGGGCCUGCAGCCAAGGGGACCUCAAGGUCUGCAGCUGUGACCCGCUCAAGAGGGGCCGCUCCAAGGACGAGCGCGGGGAGUUCGACUGGGGCGGCUGCAGUGACAACAUCAACUACGGGAUCCGCUUUGCCAAAGCCUUUGUGGAUGCCAAGGAGAAGAAAGUGAAGGAUGCCCGGGCGCUGAUGAAUCUGCACAACAACCGCUGCGGGAGGAUGGCUGUGAAGCGCUUCCUGAAGCUGGAGUGCAAAUGCCACGGGGUCAGCGGCUCCUGCACACUAAGGACUUGUUGGCUGGCUAUGUCAGAUUUUCGAAAAACAGGGGAUUACCUAAGAAGGAAAUACAAUGGGGCCAUCCAGGUGACGAUGAAUCAGGAUGGCACUGGCUUCACAGUGGCCAACAAGAACUUCAGGAAGCCCACAAAAACAGAUCUGGUGUAUUUUGAGAACUCACCUGAUUACUGCGUGAUGGACAAGUCAGCAGGCUCGCUGGGCACGGCUGGCCGGGUGUGCAACAAGGCGUCCCGCGGGACGGACGGCUGCGAGGUGAUGUGCUGCGGGCGGGGGUACGACACCACGCGCGUCACCCGCGUCACCAAGUGCGAGUGCAAGUUCCACUGGUGCUGCGCUGUGCGCUGCAAGGAGUGCGAGGACACUGUGGAUGUGCACACGUGCAAAGCACCCAAACGGGCUGAGUGGCUGGAUCAGACCUGACCAGACAGGAGCACUGAGGGAAGAAGCCACUGCCACCCCCCCUUGCAAUUUUUUUAAAACCCCUGUGCCCUGAGGGCCACGAUGUUCUGGGAGCUGUAGUUCAACUGCAUGGCUUUUAUUUAAUUAAUUCUACAAAGCACUAAGGAAAGGACUACAGCUCCUAGGAGGUACUGUGGGCCUUUCAAUGUGCUCAGCAAAACUAAUCCCUGACCUAGCAGGAGGCUGCGAUCCUUGCUUAAACUGUGAACCUGCAAAGGUUCUCUUCACAAAGGGAUGGUGUGACCAGUAGAGACUCGGAGGACUGACUGUCGGGAUGUGAUGGCUGAGGAAUCCUGUACCUCCCCAGAGAAUCUACGUUACAGUAAAGCUUCACCAGCGAAAACACUAGUUCAGAGUAAUCCACUCCUGCAAAAGCAUUCUUGCUUUUUCUUUUUUGCAAGGCCAGAGGAAGGGUGUUGUGAAUCUGUAAGACAGUUCCAUGAUACCUGUAUUUACCUUGAGCAGCCUGACACAUCACUAACACCACUGAGCAAGAGUCACCUCUGCACGAGGCUUGUCCCUGCGUCCCCAGCACCAGGAACAAGUGGAGCUGUAACUUGGAACUGAACCCUGAAGGACUGCACAGAGACAAAGGCCACCUCUAGAUGCUGGUGGACAUACAGGGCUUGAGAGAGCAAAUGAAACCUGUGAACUUACUGGUAGGUUCUGAAGUCAACCAUACAACAGCAUCUCUGUACAACUCACGUGUAUGUUGUGUAUACUGCUUAUUAUUUUAAGUCAAAAUUCAUUAUAAACCUGUACCAGAAAAUUAUGUCCUUUGUUUUUUGAAUUCCUACACACUCAGUUGGGCCCAUCCCCAGAGCAGGAACCAGCCCACAGCGUUUCUUUUCCCUGCUGUCUGCAGCUCCUGCUGUCUCAAAGCUUCCUACAGAGUUGAGCAUCCAGAGCCCCAGGGGAAUCCUUUCUCAGCAGGAUCACACUUCAGGACAUGUGGAUAACCUAUCCCCAAAAGUGUUCAGGGCCAGGUUGGACAGGGCAGAUUUACUGUGGCAUUUGGACUAACAUUCGCACAGCCUGUCACGCUCUGUGUGCAACCUUCCCCAUCCCUUAUUCCUGAAGCUGAGUCAUGGAAGGCUGCUCCAGCUAGCAGCAGGGGGGUCACUGCUCUGGAAUCACAGCCAGUGAGUCAAGGCAGGAGAAUGCAAUAGUCACAUACUGUGUCACUGUUUUAUAACUGAUGAAAACCCACAGCCAAAUUAGCAAAAAAGUCAAGAGGUUGUUAAGAGAAGGGUCCAGCCGAUGAGGCUGUGCUGUGAUUGCACAACUCAAUGCAUGCAUGGUAAAAGGAAAAUGUUGCUGGCCAGAAACAACCAAAGGGGGAAGAUCCCAAUGGAGGAACAGGCUCAUCAUGGUGGAAGCACCCUUAGUGAUGCCGUAAGCAAGGGUGUGUUAUCUCACUCUCCCCAAUGACCAGACUCACUAAGAUCCCACCAAAGAGCACAAAACAGCAGUCGAGGCUGGAAAUGAGAAUUCCAAGCACAUGAGCAGCAUCCCUGAUCAUGGUCUUGUAGGGCUGGGGCUUGCAGAGCACACCCUGCCAAGGAGGCUCCAGAUAGGGAGGAGGCAGCCAGGAGACAGAGCUGGAAACUGAAGCUGCCUUUACUCUUUAUCCACCUUUACUGUAAGAUGGGUGAAUUCAGAGCACAGGGCACUGAACACAGAAGCUCACUGUGAUUGCUAUUGUCAUCCUGACUGACCUGUAUAUAUUUUUCCCAAAAGCAGGUGACAACAGCUCAUACAUCACCUCUGCAGCCAUCUUAAUUAAAUGCAGACAAGAGGAGUCUGUCCCUUUUAACAGCAAAUCAUGGCAAGCUUGACACUGCUCAGAAGCUGGUAGAGUAUGAAUGCUGGAGGAGAGGUUUAGAUGGGCUGUCAGGAAAAGGUUCUUUCCCCAGAGGGUGGUUGGGCACUGAACAGGCUCAUCAGGGAAUGGCCGUGGCCUCUUGGCUGCUGGAGCUCCAGGAGCCCCUGGACAACACUCCUCAGGCAUAGGAGGGAUUGUAGGGGUGUCCUGUGCAUGGCCAGCAGCUGGACUUGAUCUUUGCAGGUGCCUUCAGCUCCCGAUAUUCUGUGAUUCCAUGAAGCCCAGCUGCCCUCUCCAAGAGCACAGCACAGGUCCCACCUGCGCUGCCCCUGACCUGCACAGCUGGGCCCGUUCGGACACAGCACAGCCUCACUGGUCCCACGCACACACCCCAAACGUCAGCUUGGGAGGUGCUGCUCCCCUCACUGCCUCCC